UUGUCAUCUUUAUGGGAAUGUUUCCGAAGGACUUGGUUCAAUUGGCUUUACAUUGUACUAUCUCUACUCUAAUCACUAUCAGUGUUUUUUCAAAAAAACUUAUGGCCAAAGUUGCUUUGAUUAUUCUAGGAAUACUUUGCUUGGUCAAAGUAUUCACUACUGGGAACAAGAAAUGUAUUGACUGCGGAUCUAGCGGAGCUUAUAAUAACAGUAAUACGUUGAGUGUUGAUAAUACAACAAGAUAUCUUGGAAGUGCGUAUCGUCUUAGUCAAAGGGUUGACGUUUCAUAUCUUUCUUUUGGUCAAGCAAAGAGAAUAGUUGACGACGAGAUCAGAAAUUUUUGGAACAAAUAUUCGAGAGGAGAUGGUAUUCGAGUAGCCAUCUUAGACUCUGGAGUGGAGGCUUCACAGUUAGACUCUUUACGUGUCAUUCGUAUGAUUGACUGGACUAGUGACCAGGAUAAUUAUGACUAUUUGGGUCAUGGGACACACAUAGCCAGUAUUCUUGGUAGUUCAGAUAAAGACUGUCCUGGAGUUGCUCCUGCAGUCGAACUAUUCAUACAUAAGAUAAUGAAUAGAGACGGUUUAACGUAUACUUCCUGGAUCUUAGAUGCUUUGAAUGAUGUAUUGCUUUCUAAUGUACAUAUUAUAUGCAUGUCAAUAGGUGGUGGUGAUUAUGAGGAUCAACCUCUGAUAGAUAAGGCAAGUAUAUCGAUUCGAGAAGUAGUCGCCAAUGGAGUCGUAAUACUCACAGCUGCAGGCAAUGAUGGACCUUUAUUUGGAACACAUUCACAUCCUUCUUCCAUGAAAGAAGCCAUAAGUAUUGGUGCAGUUGAUAGUCGUCAUAAGAUUGCUUCCUUUUCUUCAAGAGGAAUGACUUUGGAAGAGCAACAGUUCCGAAAGAUUGUAGAUGACUCAUCAUUGCUUUUGAUGAAUCAUUCUUAUAACAAAAUUACUGCUGAUUCGCUAUCCUUAGAACAAUUUCUUGAAUAUACGCAAAUAAUCGGUCGACCAAAACCGGAUGUUCUGGUUGAAGCUGUUACGAUAGCAUCUUCAGGUCUGAAAUCAAAGACUGGAAACUGUGUUGGACUUAGUGGAACUUCUUAUGGUGUACCUAUAUUGGCUGGAUAUUUAUCAUUACUCUUUUCUGCCAUUCCAUUUGAGUAUCGUCUCUUCUAUAUGAAUUUGGCUGGUGUUCGAUAUAUACUUGGAGAAAGUUGUAUUCCAUUGUCCAACAAUAGUAUUUACGAGCAAGGAAUGGGUUUGUUUGAAUUUGGUUUGGCAAAGAAGAGAAUCAUUGCAAGUUUGGAAAGCAUCCAUUUAUCUAGAAACAACAGAUUUUCAAAACCAUUUCACAGAAACAAUAUAGGAAUUGAGGCAUCCGUCUAUCCUUUCCGACUCUUGUUCAACUCUUCCUUUGAAAGUUGUUCAUUUUGGUGGCCACACUGUAUCUUUGACUCUGAUGGAGAGGCCAAGCCUCCCUUAUCAUUGCAGUUGAAUCUUGUCAUUUGCUUUCCAUUAUCGCCCAUAUUUUCAGUGAAAGCUAUAAAAUAUGUUUCGGAAUCUGGCGAGAAACCGUUAUGGGAUGUCAAAGAACUCUCUUCUUUCUGGCCUUUUGUUGGUAUAUUAAACUUGUUUAUUGCAUUUCCUCAUACCACUGACUUGAAUGAUAUGUCUUUGGGUAAUAAUAAUAAUAAUAUGAGAAGGAUAAGAGGAAAGUUUUGUAUUACUUUAACAUCUUAUGCCAGUGAAAUGAAGUUGUCUACUCUUGUUCAUUUAGAUUGGUCUGUUCAUCAGAAAGAGAAAAGGAAAAUAAUACUAUGGGAUGCUUUUCAUCAAAUUUCCUAUCCGAUUCCUUUUGUUCCUACUGACGAUAUUCAACAUUCACAGUUAUUAUUGGACAGGUUUGGCGACCUACCAUUCACGAACUUUAGGAACCUGUAUCAAAGAUUCACCUCUGGACCUUUUGAUAUGAAGACAUUUUCUUAUCCCUGGACGACUUUAGAGAAAAUUUGGAAUGAAAACAACUGUUCAGAUGAUUUAAUAACUGCUCUGUUUUGUGUAGAUCCCGAAGAUUGGUUGGAAGAUGAAGAAAUCGAUGCUGUAGAUAGACUUGUAUUUCAUCACGGUUUAAGUUUGUUGCUUGUUGCUGAAUGGUUUAACGAGGAAACUAUGAAUGACUUGCGAUAUUGGGAUGCCAGUACCUCUCGUUGGUGGUCUCCUGUUGUGGGAGGUGCAAAUAUGCAAGGAAUCAACAGUUUGGGAAGACGAUUUGGUUUUUUGUUUGGUGAUGUUGUUUUUGACGCUUCGUUGUGUACAUCUUACGAGAGAGAACAAGCUUCAGAUUAUUCCACGCAAGACGAUCCUUGUAAUGGAACCCAUUCUAUAAGUUUCCAAUCAGGAAACGGUUUCUACUUUGUACAAGAAGGUAGUCAAAUAUUGUUUGCUCAUAACAAAAAGGAUAUUCGUAGAAUAUGGUCACAAGAUGAUAGGAAUGAUUUCGAUAGUGCUAUGGAAAGCAUACCAAUCCUGUCUCAGGAACAAGGCAACUACACAAGUUUGGAAAACGUUACUUGUGAAAUAAUUCUGGAACAAGAUCUACCAGUGUUUUUAUAUCGCAGACAUGGAAAAGGAAAUCUGAUUGUUUAUGGAGAUAGUAACUGCCUUGACUCUUCACUUUCAGAGGAUUCUUCAAGUUGUAUUGAAGAUCUCUAUCAAGUUGUUCGUUUGGUCACAUCUCAAUUGAAUCUUUCUCUCAUAUUUCCUCAUGUUGAGUACAUUCAUAGAAAUACUUGUUUUCCAUCAGCAGGAAAGAUGUCCAUGAAUAGCUGGAAUGGGACUCUAUUAGAACCACAUUCUUAUCAUUGGACCCGAAGAAGAUCAUCAUCACUCUAAUAAAACAUGUUGGUUAUUCAAGGAAUAGCACUAUCGUUGUGGAUUGAAGUUAUCACCAGUCUUUAUGUUUUAUAUUCUGUAAAGAAAUGGAAUACGAAAAAAUAUAAAACUAUAGCCUUUUUC